AUUUGCAUCUCAAGGCGUCUUGAUAAACGUCUUUUGAUUGUUUCUGUUUGCAACUCCAAUUCUUAACUUUUCGUUUGUUCAUUUUUCUUACGGCGAACAUGAGGGAGUGCAUCUCGAUCCACAUCGGUCAGGCUGGUAUCCAGGUUGGAAACGCCUGCUGGGAACUUUACUGCCUUGAGCAUGGCAUUCAGCCUGAUGGCCAGAUGCCGAGUGACAAGACUGUUGGAGGAGGUGAUGAUGCUUUCAACACCUUUUUCAGUGAAACUGGUGCAGGAAAGCAUGUCCCUCGUGCGGUAUUUGUUGAUCUUGAGCCCACUGUGAUUGAUGAAGUGAGGACUGGGACUUAUCGCCAGCUCUUUCACCCUGAACAAUUGAUAAGUGGCAAAGAAGAUGCCGCCAACAACUUUGCACGUGGCCACUACACAAUUGGAAAAGAGAUUGUUGACCUCUGUUUGGACCGUAUCAGAAAGCUUGCUGACAACUGCACUGGUCUCCAAGGCUUCCUUGUUUUCAAUGCUGUUGGUGGGGGUACUGGGUCUGGUUUGGGCUCCCUUCUCUUGGAGCGUCUGUCCGUUGACUAUGGAAAAAAAUCGAAGCUUGGUUUCACUGUGUACCCAUCCCCACAGGUUUCAACAUCAGUUGUUGAGCCCUACAACAGUGUGCUCUCUACUCACUCCCUCUUGGAGCACACUGAUGUCGCCAUUCUUCUUGACAAUGAAGCUAUUUAUGACAUCUGCAGGCGAUCUCUUGACAUUGAGCGUCCCACCUAUACCAACCUUAAUCGCCUUGUAUCUCAGGUUAUCUCAUCAUUGACUGCAUCUUUGAGGUUCGACGGUGCCUUGAAUGUGGAUGUGACUGAAUUCCAGACCAACUUGGUUCCAUACCCCAGAAUCCACUUCAUGCUUUCUUCGUAUGCGCCUGUGAUCUCAGCCGAGAAGGCUUAUCACGAGCAACUAUCUGUAGCCGAGAUCACUAACAGUGCUUUUGAGCCCUCGUCCAUGAUGGCCAAAUGUGAUCCUCGACACGGGAAGUACAUGGCUUGUUGUCUCAUGUACCGUGGUGAUGUUGUCCCCAAGGAUGUGAAUGCUGCAGUUGCCACAAUCAAGACCAAGAGAACCAUCCAGUUUGUGGACUGGUGCCCAACUGGGUUCAAGUGUGGUAUCAACUACCAGCCGCCAACGGUUGUGCCUGGAGGGGACCUGGCUAAGGUACAAAGGGCGGUUUGCAUGAUCUCUAACUCAACCAGUGUGGCAGAGGUGUUCUCCCGCAUUGACCACAAGUUUGACCUCAUGUAUGCGAAACGUGCUUUUGUUCACUGGUAUGUUGGUGAGGGAAUGGAGGAAGGAGAGUUCUCGGAGGCUCGUGAAGAUCUUGCAGCUCUUGAGAAGGAUUAUGAGGAGGUUGGUGCUGAGGGUGCCGAAGAUGAGGGUGAUGACGGUGACGAGUACUAGGCCUAGCUCUAUGCGUGAUGGAUGAUUGAUAUGUUUUGUUUAUGGAUGUUGUGUGUUUUGUGACAAAUAACUACUCUACUCUUCAUUGAGUAGGAUCUAUCUUUAUCUUUAUUCACUUUGUGCUA